UACUUUUGACUUUGAAGACGUUGGUCACAGCGAAGACGCAAGAGAACUUAUGAAGGACAGAAGGAGUACUACAUUGGUGAGAUCGAUUCGUCUAUUCCAGCAACAAGGACAUACGUCGCACCUGUGCAAGCCACUUAAAACCAAGACAAGACACCAGAAUUCGUUAUCAAGAUUCUGCAGUUCCUUGUUCUAAUCUUGAUUCUCCCUCUUGUUGUCCGUGAAUAUACCAAGAAAGAGUAGAAGUUAAGGCUUUGCUUUGAUUUUUUUACUUCCUAUACCUUUCUCAUCUCUCCGUAUUUGCGAAAUUAAAUAUUACCGUUGUUGUGGUCCUAGACUUCUUGUGUUAUAACCUUAUAUAAAUAAUAAAUGUGUUGUCAGUCUCGUCGUGGUUUAUCAUCUGGUUUCUUUUUAGUGUUGAUUUGAGAUGUUUUCUUAACUUUGAUGGUCAAGGAAAAGAGUGCUUUUACCAACAGGAUAAUGUUUGAGACGUAUCUCUUGCAUUCUUUUCAGCAUGAUAAUGUCUUUUUCUUUUCAUUAGUACUAGCUAAACGUGAUGAUUAAUAGUUAAACUAUAUCCAUCGAAUUUUUUUGAGCAGAUAAUUAAGAAAACCCUCGAUUGGGUUUUGAGGUAAUGAUGAAUCUUGAAAAGCUGUUGAGGUCCAUAUUUACUGACUCCAACAGCUCAAACUAGCUCCUGUCUCCUGAGAAAGAUGAACCAGUAUGUCAACUUUCCAAGGGCCUAGUGUUCAUUCAAGAGAAUGCGUGUUUGAGUAGAUUUUUCUAAGCAACCUUCUGGUUUGCCACUAGAGGCCCUUAAAAGUUUGCAGUUGACCAAUGAAGCUGUCUGAUCCCGAGCUGGUCUAUAUGAAGCUUGUCUAGCGAAGCUCGGAAACAUGAUAAUAACGUUCACUUACCAUUGAUCUCCAACAAACCGGAAGUAUAAUAAGAAGAGAGACAAAACUAAAACUAAUAGAGACGUGCAUGCAUUCACAAACUGUCCUGAAGUUAAUCUAUAGAGAUAUAUGGGUAUUAUACAAUAGUUAUGGACUAAAGUUGUAAAUAUGCAUUAAUAUUUCUAGGUUUCCUAUAUGUAGUCAAAAGGUGGUUUUGUAAAGAACAACAAGAAUUAAGAUAGAGAAAUUUAAUGCAUAUUUACAACUUUAAUACAUAACUAUUGUAUAAUACCCAUAUAUCUGACCCCAUAUAUCUCUAUAUAAUUACCGUGUGUAAGCUGCAAACUUUGUAGCUAUCAGAAUCUCAGUGGCCAUCAUUAUGCAAACAACAAGGAAUCUCUUGUCAGAACUAGCAUCAGAAUCUCAGUGGCCAUCAUUGUCGGCAUCCCACUCUUCUCAACGUCAACAUCUGAUUGCAUCUUCAAGCACUUUGAAAUCUCCAUCUCUCAAAGGGAAUGUUGCUCCUGCUGUAUAGCCCCUCUCUGUUCAAAAACUCUGUGGAGCAAAUAAACGAGUAUCCAUGGGCCGCAAAAAUGGAUAAGACUAAGAGACCUUCACCAAGUUACAACACCUGUGUUUCUUGAGGAUGGAACUCCUAAGGUACGUAUACCUCGUCAAUUGCUUCUAGAAGGACUGGAGAAUCAGAAAAAAUAUUAUUUUACUGAUAUUUGAAAGUAUUCUUUAAAAAUAAUCAAAUGAUUAUUAGCAAUAUCGUGGAAAACGUAAGGUUUAAUGAACAUGCAUGUUAUGUCAAAGAUUUUAUUAUCUGGUCUUAUAAAAUUGUACUGGAAACAUCAAACUGAAACCACAUGUCUCAUUGGGAAGCUAACUUGUCGGUACGGCAUGGGCCAUAAAAUAAACGAUUUGCUCAAAUCACAACUCGAUCUGUCUAAAAGUCAAAGAACAUCUUGACCAAAACUACCCUUGGUCAAGCAAAAAAUUUAAGGGUAGUUUAGUCUUGGUGUACACAAUUUAAGUAGUUGGUCGUGAGGAACCCCGUUUCCACUCGAGUCUUUGGAGAGCUUCUGUAUCUGAAAGCAAAGCGGUGGAAAGAUCCCAAAGGAGAAAUGGCUUCAGACAAGGUCUUUACUUUCGAUGAAGUUUCACAGCACAACAAACGCGAUGAUUGUUGGCUUAUUAUCUCGGGCAAAGUGUAUGAUGUGACCCCAUUCAUGGAUGUUCAUCCUGGAGGCGAUGAUGUCUUGUUUGCCGUAGCAGGGAAAGAUGCUACUAUUGACUUUGAAGACGUUGGUCACAGCGAGGACGCAAGAGAACUUAUGAAGGAGUACUACAUUGGUGGGAUCGACUCGUCUACUACUGUUCCAGCUGCAAGGACAUACGUUGCACCGGUGCAACCCACUUUCAACCAAGACAAGACACCACGAUUCAUCAUCAAGAUUCUUCAGUUCCUUCUUCCAAUCUUGAUCUUGGGUCUCGCUCUCUUUGUCCGUCAAUAUACCAAGAAAGAGUAGAAGCAAAGGCUUUGCAUAACUCUUUCUGAGUUAUCUUUACUUUUGUUUUCGCCUAAACUUCAUCUGUCCCCUUAAAGGGUGGGCGAUUCUUAUUGAAACUACUACGAAUAAAUAAUCAAUGUGUUGCUGGUCUUGUCAUAGUUUAUCAUCAUCUGGUUUGUUGUCAUUGCUGAUUGUGAUGUCUUGUUCUUUUCAUUAGUACUACAAUAAACAUGCAAAAAUAUAUACGUCAAAGAAAACUCAGACAUAACAGACCUUAUAAUUCUUCUCUUCUUCUUUUUUGACAUCAUCAACCUUAUUAAAUUAAAUGUCAACGUUUUUGCAUAUAUUUUUUUUGCCAAAUGUCAAUAACCGUUACUAUCAAUAAACAAAGCAUUUUCAGGUAUUAGUAGGAACAUUCAAUUCGUAUUUUAAACGUACAUUUCGUUUAUUUCUGUAUUGAAUAUCGGCUAAGUUAGAUGUGUUUGAUUUUCAAUAGAUUCGAUUCAAAACGUCAAAAUCCUAAUGAAGACUAAACUAGUCAUUUAUAUAAUCGUUCAAUCUAACGACACUUGAUUUUUGAAUUGCGUUUAGACUUAGUUCUGCCUUCUCUGCCGUGUAUUAAGAAAUAUAAAACUGAGCACAUGAUUCCAACUUUCUUGGUCAUCCAACGCUUGUAGUCAUCUGUCAUAUCGUUUCGACAUGAUGGUCGGUCGGAAAACUUUGGAGGCUUCCUAUUCCCUUCGUUAAAAAGAUUUAUUCUGAAACUAAACCAAACUAAACCGAGUGGACGUGACCGGUCUCAAAUUUUGGCUUGAUAAAAAUUAUCACUGCAAUACCACGAAAUUCAACCGUGAUAUAUUAUUUGCAAUUUUCGAACCAAUAUCUAUUGAACCAACUCUGGUUCGAAUUUUUUCUAAACCAAAUAGUAUGAUAAGAUAUUAAGAUGAACCGGAUAAGAAGCAAACCAAAAAGUAUCCCACAAACUAAGUAAGCAACAUGUGUCUUCUAGUUGUUGGAGAUAUGAUGUAUCGGCGCCAAUAAUGGCACCUGAGAGAAGGCGACAAACACACAUUUUUGUCAUUUGUGCUGACGCGCUAGCGACAUGACAUCCCAGGUUAUGCUGACGUGUAUAUUACAACGCUUUGAUGUAUAAAGUUCCUGGGGCCAUGUUUUCAUCUAGAUCGAAAUUUGACCCAAAAAAAAAAAAAAAAAAGAAAAGUAAUUUGGUAAAACUUUUCCAGCACAGUAAUUUUUACCACGUCAAUUCCAGCUCAUCAAUCAAUAAAACAGACGCAUAAAACAAAAUUAAACAGGAGAAAAAGGCUUAGCGGUGUGCGCGUUAAGCAAAACCCUAAACCAGUGUGUAAUAAUAUAUAUACCCUUAUAUCUCUCUCUCUAAAAAUCCUCCCUACCUUUUAUCCCUCAUAAACAUAUAUGCAUAGACUGUCAUGAGCAACAUCCCCAGAUCUCUCACCGACUCAUCACUCUCUAUAUUCCUUCUCAUUAUUUCUUCUGCCGUCGAUCCUUGGCCCUUUUCUAGUGGUUUCUUCUAACAUGAGCAAGCAGAUGGUGUUCAAUUUUCAUUUUCAUGUUCCGCAUCUCCACAUACUCCAUCAUCAUAACCAUGUUCCAAAAGGCUGUGUCGCGAUCAUGGUGGGACGCGAAGGAGAUGAAGAAGGGUUUCACAGAUUCGUGGUUCCGUUGAUGUUCUUGAGCCAUCCUUUGUUUGCUAGUCUCUUGAAUGAAGCUGAAGAAGAGUACGGAUUCAAACACGCAGGUCCGAUUACGAUUCCUUGCCGUGUCGAUGAGUUUAAGCAUGUUCAGGAAAUUAUCGACCAGGAGACUCAUCGCCGUCACAGUCACGGUAACGGACACAACCACCACCACAAUAACCAUCUGCGAUGUUUCUGAAGAUAUGUAAUUGGAUUUGUUGGUUUGGUUUGACAUGCGAUUGGUAUUGAUUUGACUUUUCUUCUGAAAUUGGUUUGGUUUGCUUAAUUUUCGGUUUUAGUUAGUGAUGAUGAUGAAAAAGAAUAGAGUAAUUGAAUACAAUGAAUAAUGAUUCUCAUCUCUUACGAGGAAUAUGGAAUUUCAAUUUUGUAAUGGGAAUGCCAUAUUAUUUGAACUUUAUUUUAUAAAGAAAUGUGUACACUUUUUAAUUA